UUUAACUAAAAAGGAAAGGCUGCCGUGGCCAAAUGCGAAGCUAAUUAAAGGAGUUCCGCGAUUCUGGUUGCGCUAAAGACGGUCCAAUAGGAAAAUUGCUUUGCUUUCUGCUCCCAUUUUCCUAUAAGAAAGAAAAAGAGCAUACGGUGUUGGAGAAAAAAGAGCAAGCAAAAUACAAAAAUCGUAGCAAAAAAAUGACAAUCGUGUUUUUAGUGUAAAACUGACGCAGUUGCCUACCGGCGGGCGGACGGCCGGCCGUAAAAUGCCAAGGAACACUUGCAGGCCAAGUGAGUGUGUAGCCAACGGUAACGGUAGCAGCAGCAAUGGCAACAGCAAUAGCAAUAGCAAUAGCAGCAGCAGCAGUAAACCUAACGGUAGCUCAGAUGACACUGACACCAGCAACGGGAGUUCUGCUUCGCUUACUCGGGCAAUUGUUAAGCAGGAGUUUGAUGCAGCACCGCCCGUGUGCCACAGAAAGUCGGAGCGUCGAAAAAUUGCACGGGAUAUAUUUUUGGUCUUCGAGGAGCAAACCUCACGUCGUCGUGGACGGGGUGGAGCGCGCGGCAAAUGUUCGCGACCAAGGCAAAAGUUCGGACAUCUCAAGGUGCCCAAUACGCCGCGUAUGAACAAGAAUGUAUUUAAAGAAAUCAAAACGGAGCCAAAGUGCAGCACUGCAAUUGCAAUAGCAGAAGAAACAAUGGUGGAGUUGCCGAUGCUACUGCCGCAGCCGCCGGAGCAGUAUGCAGUUGCUGGUAUUAGAGACCGGCAGCAAGAGUUAGAAGUAGCUAGAGAGCCUGAGAAGCCCAAGGCCAAAAUGGCCGCAGUGAAAAUUGAAACCAAAACAGCAUCAAAUGCAAUAACAACAUCAACAGUUGCUGCCGUUGAAGCGCCAUCAAGAGCAAUAGCACCAGCGCCAACUGUGAGCCAAAGCAAUGUCCUACAAGAGCAGCUACCACAAAGAGCGUCACCGACAACGCCCAGCGUAAAUCCUAUAUUCCUAUGGGUCAAGCAAGAUGACACGCGCAUUGUCGAAGUGCGCUGCGAGGAUUACGAUAAGCGCAAUCGUAUACGUCUGACCAAGACGACCAACGGCUGGAGAUCCAUGCCACGCACGGAUGCAUCAUCCAGCCGCAUUGUCAAGUUCUUCCACAGUGCCGCGACACCCUUGGUGAAGGUCAAACGCGAGCAACUGCAGCAGCAACAGUCAAUGGAGCAGGAAACAGACGAGGAGCAACACCAGCAGCAGCAACAGGACACCCACAAUCUGCUGCACGACUGGACGGCGACAGAUGAGGAUGAGGAUGCAGAGCAGCAGCCACCGCAAAGUAUCAAUCAGCCAGAUGUCUUCGAAGAUGUUGCUGUUGUGCCUGCGCAACAGCAGCAACAGUUGCUGGAAGCCAACAAUAUGGAUGCUCGUUUCGAUUCGCUGUUGGACAGCGAAACCAGUGCCUCAUCCAAGGCCACCAAGACCAGCACCAGCAAUUCCAACACACCCACAUAUCAGAGUACGCCUUCACAUUCGCCUGAGCCCACGCCCACGCCCUCGCCCAGACCCACACCGGCACCAUCGCCUAUCGAGCUGCAGCUGUGCCCGAAGACCGGACUGUUUCUGCAUAAGGGUGCGACCGUGGAACUGCCACCGCUUUCGGCUGAAGCCAGCGAUAAUGCGUGCGCCCAUGACCAGCAGGAGCUGGAUGACCAACAGCAGGAACAGUUGGAUGUGCCGUUGGAGAAGCAGCCUGAUAAGCCGCUUGCCGGGCACACCAAUGAUCAGACCUGUCUCGAUCCAAAUACUAAGAAUCUUAAGGAUCUGCUGGAUGAUGCAGAUGAGCUUUUGCAGCAUUGUGGCAGUGACAAUGGCAGCAGCGGCGCUGAGCUGCUCGAUUCGUUGAUGAAGCGCAGCUGCGAGGACAAUCUGGACAAGCAGGCAACGGCGAGUGGACUGAGCUCGUUCUGUGUGCCGGAUGUGGUGGUUGGCAAGGAGCUGCCCAGCAUACUGGGAAUGGAUAGCAGCGAUGCGCCCAAGUGCCUGUCCUUUAACGAAGCCGGCGAGAUAGAAGGACUCAAUGGCGAACUAUUUCUCGGAAUUGAUUCCUUCGACAAGCAGCCCGAAGCAGAGACUGAAGCGGAGGCGACGGCGCAGGCACAGCAAGCCGAAACACUGCAGCUAACAAAGGAAAAGCCGCAGGAGUUGUUGGUGCUGGCUGAUGAAACGCCCAAGGAUUUGAGCUAUAAGAAGCGUGAGGAGGUAUGCCCACCAUCCGAAUCGCGUAGCCAAUGCGCCGUCACCUCAAGCUCGGAUAUAUUAAAAUCAAAAUCACCGGAACCGGGGCUGCUGCAGCUGCCAGCCAGCAGUCAUAUACCCGCCGAGGUUGAGACCACCUCGGAAACCAUCAAGCAUCUUAUACUGGAGCAGUUCCUCAAGCUUAAUGGCAAUGCCCAGCAACAAGCCGAGCCUAUGGACUUGGGAAAAUCCGGCGCACGCGCCGGGGACAAGCUGCAAACUGUGCUCAUUGAUGAUGAGGAUGUCGAGGAGCACAGCGAGACAGCUGAACCGGUUAAAAAACGCGCCAAAGCCAUUAAAAUGGAUAAGGAUCCCGAUGCACUUACCCAGCUCAAGAUGCUGAUUAACAAUCCACAGUGGAAGGUGCCCGAUCCCAUACUAGUGCCAAAGGAUCGCUUAGGUGCAGUGCUGGCAUCGCCGGCUCGAGAGAUACCACUGCUACUGACCACACGCCCAGAGCUGCGUUUACCCGAGGCCUUUGCUUAUCCGGAGAUUAUACAGAAUCCCAACAUACUGGUGGUCACCAUGGAACAGCUGGAGGCCAUACUUAAAAACGAAGCUGACCAGUGCAAAUCGAGCAAGCAGACGCCACCAUUGUCGCAUUCACUGCCCACCAAGGCCACCCCCAUCAUUCAGCCCAGUCCCAGCUGCAGUCCCAUCAAGCCACCCACGCCUAUAAAAGCAACGCCGCCUCUGUUGCCGACCAAAGCACCCGCUACCACGCCCACUAUUGCUGCAGCAACAGCCGCGCCGCCACCGAUAUCGCCUGCAGCCGACUCAAGCAUGUCCACGGAGCUUAACGCCACAACGUUGGCGCUGCUUCAGCAGAUGCUCUGGCUGCCGUACUUUGGUCAGCUGUCGCAGGAGCUCUUCAAGACGAUUAAGGAUCCGCUGGGAUUGCAACGUAAGUUUAUGAGCAAUCUGCUACCCCUCUACAGCAGCCAGUUUGGGCUGCAACAUUUGGACGAGCUUUACAAGAACUGCCUGAAGCAGCCGAAGCCCACAAGCGAGGAACCAAUGGCAGCCAAGCCACCACCAGUGACGCCGCCUGCUGUAUUCAAUGGUCUGGGCAAUCCCAUGGAACUGGCCAUUAUGCAGAAGCUGCUACAGCAGCAGCAACAACAACAACAACAGCAGCAGCAGCAGCAAACACAGUUGCCCAAGGAGACACAUCAUCAUGCGGAGCACAAACGUGCCAGGCGCGAGCCAGAGUCGACGCCCAUUCAUACGCCCGACUUCAACAGCAACUUUAACAAGCAGCCAUCCAAGACGCCCACACCUGUUGCGGUUACAGCUACUGUUUCAACGCCACCCAGCCAGGCAGCAGCCCCGCCUGCGCCAGCGCCGGCGCCACCAGCGGAGCACAAGCCACGACUCACCUGUAAAUCUCUCUCGAAUCUUUUAGAGCCUGAAAGCAAUGUGGUGCCCUUGUUAAAUGUACCCUUUGAUAGCCUGCGUCGAAACUCUUUGCACAAGACGCCGAAUGAUCUGGCCAAGGAGCACAGCAACGGACGCAUGCUGCGCUCCAGUAAAGCUUGCGUCACCUUUAAUCCACUAGAGCAUGCCAAGCAACAGGAAACCCAGUCGCAAUCUCAGCUGCAACAGCAGCACCAACGCAAGCGCGGCAACAUGUUAGCCAAUGAGGCGCAACAACAGCAACAGCUGGCGGAGGCAGCAGCAGCAGCUGCCGCUGCUGGCAACUUGGAUGCCAACUCCCCACUCUGGCAUCCACUCUUUGGCAGCAACCCAAAGCAGGGCUACAACAGCCCCUGGCAAUGGACGACGGUUACCGCAACUGGGGAAUGACAGUCAAGUCGGGCUCAUAAGGAGCCA